AUGGCCGGAAUACGGCACCUGAUUCGCGGGCUUGGCAUACCACCUCAACCGGGGAAAUCAAAAGCUUGUCCCGUCGUAUCGAAGGCUACUUGCAGGGGGUAG